GGGCUAUUUAAAGAGCCAGAACGGGCUGGCGAGUCAGAGCCGCGAACCUUUCUGCAUCCCCUCUCUUCUACCCCGCCCGUCUGUCAGCCAGCCUGCGGCUUACCCAAGCCCAGCCCAGCUCCGAGCAGAGCCGAGCCGAGCAGCGCAGCGCAGAGCAGCGCAUCUCAGCCCAGUCCAGCCCAGCGGAUCCCGAGCCAGCACCUCGCAGCGCAUCCCAGCCCAGCCUCACCGCCCCUUCUCCUAGCACCAUGGCAGAUGCUUUUGCCGGCACCUGGAAGCUGAUUGACAGCAAGAACUUCGAUGAUUACAUGAAGUCCAUUGGUGUUGGCUUUGCCACAAGGCAAGUGGCCAGCAUGACCAAGCCCACCACCAUCAUCGAGGUCAGUGGGGACUCCAUCACCAUCAAGACUCAGAGCACUUUCAAGAACACUGAGAUCUCCUUCAAGUUGGGGGUAGAGUUUGACGAGACAACAGCUGAUGACAGGAAGGUCAAGUCUACUGUAACCCUGGAUGGAGGCAAACUUGUCCAUGUCCAGAAGUGGGAUGGGCAGGAGACCACACUGACUCGGGAGCUCAAAGAUGGAAAACUCAUUCUGGUAAGACAGAAGGGAAUAAGGAACCACCUUCCUAAGCAGUCGAGGCAGCUCUCUUUUGCAGGCUACGGGAAGUGAUUGGACAACUCUCUAGGGAGCUUGUUUCAUUCUCCCUCAUCAUCCCAGCUGCCUCUGAAUCUGCAGUUUGGGUGAGAUUUCAGGCAUCACUGAGAUGUGGUCAGGAUGAGGGAGGGUCUAGUCCUGUUGGACUUCUCUUUGGGUCAGACAUCUAAUGGGAUGAGAAUACCAGACCUGGAGGCAGGGGACCCAGUCCAAAUAUGGGUCUUCCCACUCAAUUAUCUAUGUGACCUUGGGAAAGCAUUUAACCUUCUUGGCCUUAUUUUCACCAGCUGUAAAAUGAGCGAGUUCAGAUUCGAUGGAGAAGUCUUCUCUAGAUCUAAAUCUAGGAUUCUCUCUGCUCAGGAGCCUAGCUUAGUUCUGGGAACCCCAUUCUGAAAACAAUGGCUGACAUUCACAUAGAGAUUUGUUUUCAGAGUGCUCUAUAUCCACAAGUUCACUAAUGUUAAUUGAGGGUAUGCAGGUUUUUUGUUUUAUUUUAAUCUAUUUUACAAAGACGGAAAACUGAGGCCCACAGCAACACAGGGGCAGCAGGAUUCAAACCUCAGUGUCUCCAAUCUCUGCACACAGCAUCCUUUCCAUUGAUUGAAGUGCCCAGAUAAGGGUGAACCAGGAAGGUGAGACGUGAAGCCUUUUCGUGAGGAAUGAUCAGAGAAAUCAGGGAUAGGUUAACCUGAAGACCUAGAGGAAUCAUUUCAGUCUUGAAAUACCGAAAGGGUUGCCAUUGCUGAAGGAUUAGUACCUGGCGGGUACAAUCAAGACCAGAAAUCAGACAGACAGAAGCACAGGUACAGGGUUUCAACCUGGGAUAUUCUGACACAGCUUGGAGCUCAGAGGAGUCAAAUUCUCUUUCCAAAAGCAAUGCAGAUAGAAAGGUGGGCACCUUCUCUGUAGCUCAGUCUUAGAAAGCUCCCAAAGCCUGAGAAAAUGCAGGACUUACCCAAGAUCCCAGCCAGGGUCAAAGGAGGGACUUGAACUCAGCUCUUCCUGGUUAAACAGCUUCUCUCUAAUUCAAUCAAUAGAGGAAGGAUUUUCCUAACAAUAGAGCUGUUCCAAAAUGGAAUGGACUCCCACAGAAGCUGUUGUCAUUUAGAGGGGAAUGUUGUAGAGGGAGAUGUGCUUCGGGGAGAGGAAAGACUAAAAGAGCUCUGAGGUCUCUUCUUUCCCAAGUCCAUGAAAUAGGGCCUGGUUAGAGCCCAGACCCAGGGGCUGUUGUGCUGGAAGAGACUCAGCUUGUCACAGAACCAGACAAGAUUCCUAGGGGGUUCCCUAAAUAGCCCCCAAACAAGGCAAGUACUCCAUCCUCCUGAUGCCAGGGCCUGAACCUCACUCACCCACCUCUGCUGGGAACACCCACUCAUCUGGCUAAUUGUGGCCUACUUAAUCCUUGUGGGGAUCUCAUCCUCAUCUUCCCAGACUGGGACAGUAUCUCAUUCUGGGGGCUUGCUGUGAGCUGCUCCUUCCUGUGGUAGGGAUGGAGCAAUGUUGCAGGCUGGCCUUGUGGGUAACUUGGAUCUCACUGAUUGGGUCACAGGGCACAGGUGGGUUGUAGAGCCAUUUCCUGGUAUGGACAAUAUCUGGGUGCUCCUAGGUUUGCCCAGGGGUGGUCCCUUCUUUGCUCAGUGUGCCUGGAUAGUUACAUUACCAUCAUGGAAAGGAAGGAAUGCUGCCACUGCCCCAAGGAGGGGGAGGUUUCUGCAGGCCUGGGCUCUGGCUUUGGCUCCACCUCCUUGUGGUGAUGGGCGGUGGGUGGGUGGGGGGAGAUAAAGCACAGAGAACAGCUGGAGAGCCCCUCCUCUAGAGGACAAAUGCUCCUUUCCUUGAACUUUAGAGGAUGCCCAGGAUUCCUUUCCCUGCUCCCAGCAUUCUUAACAAUGCUAUCUUUUCUUCCAGACACUAACCCACGGCAGUGUGGUCUGUGUUAGGACCUAUGAGAAGGAAACUGCUUGAACCCAGGCCACCUGUUCAUUGUCAACUCUGCCGAUGGCCACCUACCACAGAACUCAACACCAGAUUGCCUCAUUUCUUCACUCCCCCCAUCUCCCCUCCCCACCCCCAUGUUUUGUACCAAUUGACUCUGGUCAAGGAACCCUCCAGAAAUGGAAAACAUGGUGCUGUCCUGGUCCUAGUUGAAGCCCAUUCUGUUGUGGUUUUUUGUUGUUUUUUUUUUAAUGGCAUCUGAUGGCUGGGCCAAAGCCAAUAAAGCAGAUCCCACAGUCA